CUAGGCAGCCCAGGUGUCGAGUUAAAAUAUGCAUGGGUCUAAUUAAUGGGCUUAUCGAUGAGAUUGGGCCCAUCUGAGCUUGAAAUACAGUUGGCGUCUUGGAGAAGAUUUGUUUGCAGAAUGGCGCUACCAUGUAGUCAAUAAUGGCGCCAAAACAAAAAAUCGAAAAAGGAACCAUCUUUCUCUCUCUUCCUCUUUGCCCUAAAAUAGCAUCUAUUUUGCUGUCUACCAGUGGACUCCAAGACUUAGAUGAGGGAGAAAUAGAGGAUGUUUGGAAGGUUACGACCAUCCUCAUCUUCACUCGACACCCUAGAGAGGCCACCUUCCAAGAUCUUCAAAGAUGAUACUCUCUCCAUCUACGAGGCUACAUUAAUGAAGCUUAAACUGGGUUCUCAGCGCGAUUUAACUUCACCUUCUGAGGAGGAAGCAGUAGACAUGGAAAGUUAUUGCAAUACUGCAACUGGUUCCGAAAGUUCUGUGGAGCCAAAUCUUUGUACCUCUACAAAUGUCUCAGAAAGUUGUCAAUGUCUUGUAACCUCACUUGAUGAGGACGCAAUGACCAUUGAUACCAAUAGCUCUUCUUCAAGCAUUCUAUCAAGUACUAGUACUUGCAAAUCUACAGGUGAUUCUAAACAGCAAGGAAACAGGAAUAUGUCUCUUCUUUACUUGUUUUCAAAAUAUCAGAGUCAUCGACAUGCGUUAAGCUCAUCAGAUCAAGAGUCAAUGACGGUUGAGAGCAAUGGUUGUGCAAGUAUUUCCCCAAGCUCCAGCAACUGCCAGUCUUUUGGCAGCACAAAAGAGCAAUUUGAACUCAAGUGGCCAUAGUUCCUCUUCAGGCUUUCACAUGUGAGAUCUGUGUACCUUAUUUUCUUUUACAAUAAACUCAAAAUGUAUAACAUUUGUUUUUCUUGUAUUUUUCUGAUAGUCGUAGGCGUUGGGUUGAAAGGCACAAACAAUAAUUUUGUUGUCUGAUUCAGCAGUCGACUUUGUCUUAGCCUUCCCUUUUAAGUACAUAACAUGUACCCAAAAAGAGAAAUUUCGUUCUACGAGUUAAAGACGUUUUUUUAUUUCAA